AUGCCUGACUUCAAGAUCUCCGCUUCUCUUGAGGGUCAUGGCGAUGAUGUUCGCGCCGUGACCUUCCCCAACCCCAAUGCGGUAUUUUCAGCCUCUCGUGAUGCCACAGUCCGCCUCUGGAAGCUUGUCUCGACUCCACCCCCCACCUACGAUUACAACAUCACAGCCCAUGGCCAAGCAUUUAUCAACGCCUUAACCUACCUUCCACCAUCAUCCGAAUAUCCCGAGGGUCUCAUACUUUCAGGUGGUCAAGAUACAAUUAUCGAAGCUCGGCAACCUGGCAAGAAUGCGGAUGAUAAUGCAGAUGCUAUGUUACUCGGCCAUGGACACAAUAUCUGCGCGUUGGAUGUCUCUCCAGAUGGCCAGUGGGUUGUGAGUGGUAGCUGGGAUUCAACAGCUCGUCUCUGGAAGGUUGGCAAGUGGGAAACCGAAGUGGUGCUUGAAGGACAUGAAGGCAGUGUUUGGGCUGUCUUGGCUUAUGAUAAAGACACCAUUAUCACCGGCUGUGCCGACCAAAUGAUCCGUGUAUUCAACACAUCAGGAACGCUCCUCGGAAGCAUCAAGAACUCCAAUGAUGUCGUUCGAGCUCUGUGCAAAGUUCCCGCGUCAAACCCAAGUGGAGCUCAUUUUGCAUCUGCUAGUAAUGAUGGAAUUAUUCGACUUUACACUUUGAAGGGUGACCUACUCGCUUCGCUUCACGGUCACGAGAGCUUCGUCUACUCCCUUGCUGCAUUGCCUUCAGGCGAGCUUGUCAGUGCGGGAGAAGAUCGGACCGUUCGUGUCUGGAACGGAACGCAGUGCGUGCAAACCAUUACACAUCCUGCCAUCUCGGUAUGGAGUGUCGCAGCGUGUAAAGAAACCGGCGAUAUCGUCACUGGUGCUAGUGACCGCAUUACUCGCGUUUUUAGCAGAAACCCAGAACGACAGGCGGCGCCGGAUGUCAUCCAACAGUUUGAUCAAGCAGUUAGAGAGUCAGCAAUUCCGGCUGAACAGGUUGGGAAAGUUAACAAAGAACAGCUCCCCGGUCCAGAAUUUCUACAGCAAAAGUCAGGAACGAAGGAGGGUCAGGUACAGAUGAUCCAUCAAGGAGAUGGCAGUAUCACUGCCCAUACUUGGUCCUCUGCGACCCAGGAAUGGAUCGCUGUUGGUACAGUGGUUGAUUCAGCAGGAAGCAGUGGUCGCAAGACAGAGUAUCUAGGACAAGAGUACGACUACGUCUUUGAUGUUGAUAUUGAAGACGGCAAGCCUCCGCUCAAGCUCCCUUAUAAUGUUUCACAAAACCCCUACGAAGCAGCAAACAAGUUCAUUGGUGACAAUGAGCUACCCAUCUCAUAUCUGGAUCAGGUUGCGAAUUUCAUUACACAGAAUACCCAAGGCGCCACCCUUGGGCAGUCCCAAGAGCCCGUAACUGAAGGCGCAGACCCUUGGGGCUCAGAUCGACGAUACCGCCCCGGAGACGGGGACGCUUCAGCCGCCCAAACCCAAGCGCCACCUGCUCCGCAACCACGCCCUCAAGUUCUACCCCAAAAGACUUAUCUCUCAAUCCGUUCUGCCAAUUUGAAGGUCAUCGCAAAGAAGUUGCAGGAACUGAAUGAGAAGGUCUUGGCCGAAGCUGGGAAGGAUAUUGCCUUGGAUCCGACGGAGAUUGAAGCUGUAGUUGCUCUAUGUACCCAGUUAGAGUCUUCUGCACAGCUUCCGGAUUCACCUGUUGUGGUGUCUGGAAUUCCAUUGAUUUUCAGAAUCGCAACUGCCUGGCCCGAAUCCACCAGACUUCCUGGACUGGAUCUCCUCCGUCUGCUCGCUGCUGCUGCACCAUUCACCGCGUCCGCGGAAUACAACGGCAACAACCUUGUGUCUGGAAUUAUCUCCAGUGGGGUCUUCGACUCGCCUAUCAACGUUAACAACGCGAUGCUCACCAUUCGAAUGCUUGCAAACCUCUUCGAGACCGAUUCUGGUCGUAACUUGGCCAUGAGCACAUUCGACCAAAUUGUCACUGCGGUCAAAUCUGUUUUGGCAAACAGUGGAGAAUCGCCAAACCGCAACCUCACCGUUGCCACUGCGACAUUGUACAUCAACUUUGCCGUAUACAUCACUUCCGAAGGCAGGGAACAGGAUCCUGACUCCGCAGAGCGGGGUUUAGUGCUUCUCGAGGAGCUCACCAAGAUUAUUGCCAAAGAAAAGGAUUCUGAGGCUAUCUACCGAGCACUCGUCGCUUUGGGUACUUUGGUGAAAGCUUUGGGCACUGAAGUUCAGAGUGCCGCCAAGGAGAUCUACGAACUUAACAAUAUCCUCGCCCGGGUUUCUGGUUUGGCUGCAGGAAAAGAACCGCGGGUGAAGGGCAUUAUCGGGGAGAUUCGCGACUUGGCUCUUUAA